AAUCAGAGCGCGCGUUGCACGUCAUCCGGGUACCAGGCCAGACGCCGGCCAGACGCAAAGCCGGAAGCCAGCGUAUAUACAUGUGAAUAACGCGGGUCAGGCGGACCGUACGGCGUACACGGAUCUCGCUCGGCCAUCGGGACUGUACAAGGACGAGAGGGAGAAGAGAACAGCGGAUUCAUCACCGCCAGGCGUCAGGUCAGAGUGUGUUAAGACAAGAUGGUGGCGAAUGGCGACGCACCUGCUAGAGGGAGUGCGGCGGCAGCUGCAAGCCUGCGCAGGCGUAGGACCACAAGCGGUGCUGCUGCUGGCGGAGGUGGUGCCAGCUCGAUGCUCCAGUUUUACACCGAUGAGGCUGCGGGCCGCAAAAUGUCACCAAACACCGUUCUGAUCAUGAGCAUUGGGUUCAUCGCUGUUGUCGCUAUGCUCCAUGUUUUUGGGAAGCUGUACCGCACCUCCAACUAGGUUGGUACUACCAUAACCAAGAAAACAGAGGCCACCAAGAGAGGAGCCUUAUAGAGCCAUUUCAAUGGAUAGCAAGUGACUAUCAGAGAGGAACCUUGUAGAGUGAUUUCAAUGGAUAGCAAGUGACUAUCGGAUUGUGAACUGUUAUAGAAGUUUAUCUACACAACUUGCAAUGCUCAGGGCUAUGAUAAAUCCCUGCGAGUCUUGUUUAUGCU